AUGGCACCUGUGAGCACCAUACCUGGCUUUUACCCCCAACUUCGCGGCGCACCGCCAAGCCCUAGCACUGCGCUCCAGCUCUUCGCAGGAACCUUUUGUAUUUUUGUUGUGACCGUUUUGUUCUGGAAAGCUGGAAAGUUCCUCCGUCGGUUUACCAAGGAUAAAGUCAUUGGUGAAGGAAACAGCCCUACAUCUCGUUAUGCAAAGACCUGGUAUGGGUGGGUGCCACGGCAAGAGACAAAAAGCAAUCAUAAGAAGUCUAUUACACAGGGCUGGCUUGCGAGGAUCCAAAAAUGGACCACGUGGGAUUCCGCGAAGAAUCAAUAUAGUGCGGUCUGGUGGACUUCUAGUGAAAAGGUGGAGGCAUGCAAACAACCCUCAAGGAACCGGCAACGUUUACAAUUGCCUCUCUUAAACCCCAACGCUUCGAUGGUUGACUCUAUUCACAGUCCUUACGGAUAUGCUCCUGGUAUAGGCCGAGGUGCCGGAUCAUACUCCUCACCUAAGAUGACCGGAGUACUUGACGCUGAUGAUAUGGUGAAUGUCCGUACUGGGAAACUUCGCCCGCCGAAAAGGAGAUACCGCAGGAACUUCUCCGCAAGGGAGUUAUUCAAGAGUGAACUUCAAUCAAUAUCUUCCGCAAGCCAGGAGAAAAAGUCUACUAUGAUUCUCAACUACUGCACGGUCAAGGGGCAGAACCCACCGGCGCACUCACUCACUCGUAGAAGGUUUCUAUCUCUGAAUCAGUCUGCCUGUCUCAUCAGAGGAAACGACCUCAUCUUCUGCUUUUCAAAAGGUGUAUCUUCAAUAAAACGGAACUUUUCUCUCCCCUGUCUGUCUGAUUUGAGGAUCACCUUCCGGAAUGUGCAGAAAGGCUCGGAUACAUCGUGGCACACUCUAAGCCUGACAGACCAUUUCAGGCAGUCAAGGACACUGCAGGCACUACGAUACUCGAGAAAAUACCAAAUCUGGUCUGCGCGGAUGGCGUUGAAUAACCCACAGCGUGGGAGAUAUAACACGCAUCAACUUCUAGUUCCCCCAGGGAGUCCCCCAUCGGAACUGUUAACCAGCUUCUCCUCUCAUCAAUCUACCCUCGCUAGGAUGAUAAAUGGAGGCAGGAAUACAACCGUGUGUAGCUCGCUUUCUGGAUUCGGUAGCCUUAGCAUUUCCAGCCUUAAGGGACGUCGUGUGAGAAGAGCUAGUCUUAUAGGUUACCAAGCGAGAGAUACCAUCACUGAGGAAUGGCAACAGACAGCAACACUCGGGGUGCAGGACCAGUGGCAAAUCGAAACAACCCAUUCAGUCGCUAUGCAUCAAUACCAUGUUCAGUUUAAAAAGCGCCAAUGCCCGUCUUCCCGAGCACAAGAGCCAAUACAACCACGAGAUGGGCAUAGGCACAGAUCAUCCCAGGAACAAAAGAACAUCAACAAACUUAGAAAACGACCCACGCAAAUAAUUGUUCCACUAAAGAAUUUGAGUAAAUGGGAGAUCUUACUGAUAGACGGCCUGGAUCGGAGGCUCAGAUGGCUCUCUCAGCAGCUUAUCCCCGGUCGAAGGCCGUUUCAUUUCCCCCUACUUCCCAGCCAUUGGUUAAAUAUUCGGACCUGGAUCAUUUACGACCCGGCCUCACGUGCUCCUAUCGAUGCCAAGCGGCGGUUAGGGGAUCCUAGAUUCAACAAGCCCUACCCAGCGCCUAAACCAGGGCCUAGGCGCAAGUACCCCGAAGCCGCCCACAAGCUCGCUUGCAAUUCCCGGAUCGACUCAUGGAGAACUGCUGUGAACCGGAACAGAAAAGCAUCUGGAGUGGGAGACUUUGUCAAACCCACUGAACUAUACGAUGGCUCAGCCGAGGACCCACAAGAUGGAAAGAUCGACCCAGCAUGUUGGAUACUUCGAAAGCCACCACAAGGAUCCGUCCCGUCUGCCAGGCAAAAUGAGGCGUACUAUGAGGGGGGCGCUGGCUGGCAAGAGAGGCUAGGCGAUUGGCAAAAUGUCCGGCGUGGUUAUCGAAUCCGCAAGGCAAUUUAUGAAGGCCAAGCCAACAGAACUCGAGCCAAGGAAGUCGCAAUUGGAGUUACGCGAUACUACCGAAUGGCAAGGUAUCGGCGGCAGAACCUGAAAAGCUGA